CUUUCACAAGACUCGCUCGAAGUCCCUCCCCACAACACACCAAAGCCGUCACCCAUACACAAUGGCCGCUGCAGACGUCGCGAGCAAGAAGCGCAAGGGCGCAACCGACGCCGCGCCAAAGGCGAAGAAGCCCAGAAAGUCGGACGACAUUGCUGUCGCCGCAAAGCUCGCCAAAUCCCCCAAGGCCGCUAAAGCUGCGUCCAAGCCUGCCGCUGAGAAGCCCACACGGAAGUCUGCGCGCAAGACUGCUGAGGACUUUUUCUCCGACGAGGAGGCGCCCGCCGCGCCUGCUGCGAAGCCCACGAAGGCUGCUAAGGGCAAGAAGAAGGCCGAGCCUGUCCCCGUGACCAACGGCGACGAAGACGAGAGCAUGCUCGACUUCGACGUUAUCGAGGCGAAGAAGGAGACCCCCAAGAAGGUGGCACCGAAGGCCAAGGCGAAGAAGGGCAAGAAGGAGACCGCCGCCGCAGAGCCCGAGGUCGUUGAAGAGCCUGUUGUUGAGGCGCCCAAAGCUAAGGCAGCGAAGGCGAAGAAGGGCAAGAAGGAGACCGCCGCAGAGCCCGAGGUCGUUGAAGAGCCUGUUGUUGAGGCGCCCAAAGCUAAGGCGAAGAAGGGCAAGAAGGCGCAGGAAGAGCCCGUGGAGGAAGUUGAGGUCGACGCAGUUGUCACUGAGGAUGGCGACGCCGAGGAUGCCGCAAACGACGACGACCAGACCGCCGCUCUCCUCGCCGGCUUUAGCAGCGACGACAGCGAUCCAGAGGACGACGAGGAUUUCCCCGAGGACAGUGCCGUUGUGCCCAAGCUCACAAAGUCACAAAAGAAGGCCAUUGCUAGGGCGAAAGACACACCUAAGGCUACCGAGCCAGGCGUCAUCUACGUUGGCCGUGUCCCCCGUGGAUUCUUCGAGCCCCAGAUGAAAAAGUACUUCAACCAGUUCGGCCGUGUGCUCAACCUGCGCCUCUCGCGCAACAAGAAAACCGGCGCCUCAAAGCACUACGCCUUCGUCGAAUUCGCCUCCGCAGAAGUUGCCGACAUUGUUGCCCGCACAAUGAACAACUACCUCAUGUUCGGCCACAUUCUGAAGUGCUCGCUCAUCCCCAAAGAGCAGCUCCACGAGAAUCUUUUCAAGGGCGCAGGAACUCGUUUCAAGGUCGACCCGCGAAACAAGAAGGCCGGGUUGGCUAUGGAGCGCGGUGCCGAGAGGCAGGUGUGGGAAAAGAGGGUGGAAAAGGAGAACAAGAGGAGGACGGGAAGGAAUAAGGAUCUCAAGGAGACCUUUGGCUACGAGUUCGAGGCUCCCAAGCUGAGUGCCGUUGCUGCUAUCAAGGCGGGGAAGAAAGUCGAGGUCGAGGCCAGUGAGCCCCAGCAGCUCCUCACCGAGGCGUCUGCGGAGACGGAGGCAGAGCCCAAGGGUAAGAAGGGCAAGAAGGCCACCAAGGUUGCUGAACCGGAGCCUGUCGUCGAGGAGAAGGCCGAGGAGAAGGUCGAAGCCGCAUCCAAGAAGACAACAAAGAAGCGCAAGUCCACCGACGCCGCCGAAGUUCUCGCUGCCGUUGAGGAGCCCAAGAAGGCUGCCGCUGCACCCAAGGCGAAGAAGGCGAAGAAGGCUAAGGUUUAGAAGGUCCUGGCUUAGAAGCCCGCUGCUGUUGCAUUCACGGGGAAGAAGAGGAAGAAGGCCAAGGCUUAGGCGCCCGACGUGCCUCUGUCUAUGGAGCGAAAGAAGACGGAGAGAGUCAUGGAAUGGCUGAGACAUGUGACACCAUUAGUCUGAGUUUAGAGGGGAAGAGGAUUCUGUUGUUAUAUGCAAUCUGCGUAUUUAGAAGAUAACAUAGGGAAAAGCGAAUGCAUCUUAAGAUUCCAC